AUGACGAAGCCUCCUCUUGCCUCUACAACGGAGAAGGAUUCCGAUAGUGAUUCCGAAUCUAAACCCGAGAAGGUUGUGAUGAAGCCUUCUCUCGCCGCCACAAAAGAGAAGGAUUCCGAAAGUGAUUCUGAAUAUGAAUCCGAGAAGGUUGUGAUGAAGCCUUCUCUAGCCGCUACAACGGAGAAGGAUCCCGAAAGUUAUUCUGAAUCUGAACCCGAGAAGGUUGUGACUCUCGCUGCCACAACGCGCUCCCACUCCCCUGAGUCAGACAAAGGAGGAGUGUCUAUGAACAGGGUUAAGGUCGUGUCAGUGGAGAGGAAACCAUACUUCCAACGUCUAUGGACUGAAGAUGAUGAGAUUCUUGUUUUACAAGGUGAUGAUCCGACAUAUGUCAAAGCUCGUGAUCACAAGGCCUUUGACUUGUCUAAGCUUGUUUAA